UCAGACUACAAACAAAUCCCACCUCAUACAUAAUUGCCAUACUUUCAUCCCAGAUAACGUCCUCCAGGAUGAUCUUUGAAAGGGGGUAGUGUGAAUUGGCGCAGCUUGACGCUCCUGUGUUUGGACGCGGCUGCCUGCAGUGAAAGCUCAGGGCAGCUUGACAACUUUCUUUACCCGAGACACCUGGGUGACGUGUGUCGCUGGAGUUUGUAGUUGUCUUGUGUGAAAGACUGAUUAAUCAUUUAAUAACUAUUUCCUCUGUUUCUUUCUUUAUGCGGUAUUACGUCUUCGGUUAGUUUCACUUCAGUGUGACGCAGUUAUCUUCACCAUGGGAAUGUGUAAGGUCGACUAUGAAUCUUUCUGAAAGUAUGAACGAGGAAGUCCUCUCCUCCAAAGUGCCUCCACCUGGGGAACAUGCCAGCUCGAGCAAAGCUCAGAGCCAAGGGCAGCGGCAGGAGAGAGCAGCCUCCCCUGCUCCCAGCUGUGUGUCCAUGAAGAGCAACCAGUCAAUGGAGCCGCCGCUUGGUUUUAAAAAACAUUGUUCUUAUGGAACAGAGAUCCAGCAGGACAGAGCAGGCUCCGCUGCUCCCAGCUGUGUGUCCAUGAAGAGCAACCAGUCAAUGGAGCCGCCGCUUGGUUUUCAAAAACAUCGUUCUUCUGAAACGGAGAUCCAGCAGGAGAGAGCAGCCUCCCCUGUUCCCAGCUGUGUGUCCAUGAAGAGCAACCAGUCAAUGGAGCCACCGCUUGGUUUUCAAAAACAUCGUUCUUCAGAAACAGAACUGUGUGGCCUGGACGAUCCACCAGACUCCGUAUUCAUGCUCCUUGAGGAGGACAUCAUCAGUUUUGUGAAGAAGGAGCUGAAGACGAUGCAGAGGAUUCUGAGUUCGCAAGAGGAGGUGAUGGACAGCGAGGAGGACGAGGGUAUGAGGAGCAGCAGGGAGGCAUUUGUGAACAUUGUGCUGAACUUCAUGAGGAGAAACAAGCAGGAGGAGCUGGCCGACUCUCUGCAGAGCAAAUCUCCGGCGGUGUGCCAACGAAAACUCAAAUCUAGUUUGAAGCAGAAGUUCCAGUGUUUGUUCGAGGGAAUCGCUAAAACGGGAAUCCCGACCCUUCUGAAUGAGAUCUACACAGAGCUGUACAUCACAGAGGGGGGGGCUGCAGAGGUCAACGAUGAACAUGAGAUCAGACAGAUCGAAACAGCAGCUCGGAAACAGGCCAGACCAGAAACCCCAAUCAAAUGCAAAGACAUCUUUAAACCGUCACCUGGAAGAGAUGAACCGAUCAGAGCAGUGAUGACGAAGGGAGUGGCUGGCAUCGGGAAAACAGUCCUAACACAGAAGUUCACUCUGGACUGGGCUGAAGGCAAAGCCAACCAGGACAUACAUUUCAUGUUUCCAUUCACUUUCAGAGAGCUGAAUCUGCUGAUGGGGAAAAAAUACACCUUAGUGAAACUUAUUCAUCAUUUCUUUAGAGAGGUCAAAGACGCAGGGAUCUGCAGGUUUGAACAGUUCCCGGUUGUGUUCAUCUUUGACGGUCUGGAUGAGUGUCGACUUCCUCUGGACUUCUACAACAACGAGAUCCUGACUGACGUGAUGGAGUCCACCUCAGUGGAUGUGCUGCUGACAAACCUCAUCCAGGGGAAUCUGCUUCCCUCUGCUCGCCUCUGGAUAACCACACGACCUGCAGCAGCCAACCGGAUCCUUCCUGAGUGCGUGGACAUGGUGACAGAGGUCAGAGGGUUCACUGACCCACAGAAAGAGGAGUACUUCAGGAAGAGAUUCAGAGAUGAGGAGCGGGCAAACAGGAUCACCUCCCACAUUAAGACAUCCCGAAGCCUCCACAUCAUGUGCCACAUCCCAGUCUUCUGCUGGAUCACCGCUACAGUUCUGGAGGAUGUGUUGAAAACCAGAGAGGGAGGAGUGCUGCCCAAGACCCUGACUGAGAUGUACAUCCACUUCCUGCUGGUUCAAGCCAAACUGUGGACCGUCAAGUAUCACGUAGGAGCUGAGACGGAUCCACGCUGGAAUCCAGGGAGCAGGCAGAUGGUUUUGUCUCUGGGAAAACUGGCAUUUGAGCAGCUACAGAAAGGCAACCUGAUCUUCUACGAGUCCGACCUGAUGGAGUGUGGCAUUGAUAUCACGGCAGCGUCCGUGUACUCGGGAGUGUUCACGCAGAUCUUCAAAGAGGAGAUAGGGCUGUAUCAGGAGAAGGUGUUCUGCUUUGUUCAUCUGAGUGUCCAGGAGUUUCUGGCUGCUCUUUACGUCUCUCUGAGUUUCACCAACUCUGGCAUCAAUCUGCUGUUUCAGUCAAAAACCUGGUUGUCUAAUCUAUUUAGGGACAAAUCUAAACUAUCACUCCUCUUCCAAAGUGCAGUGGACAUGGCAUUACAGAGUCCAGAUGGGCACCUGGAUUUGUUCCUCCGCUUCCUCCUGGGCCUUUCUCUGCAGACCAAUCAGACUCUCUUACGAGGCCUGCUGACACACACAGGAAACGACUCGCACACCAAUCAGGAAACAGUCCAGUACGUCAAGAGCGUGAUCAGGAGGAACCUGUCUCCGGAGAGAAGCAUCAAUCUGUUCCACUGUCUGAAUGAGCUGAAUGAUUGUUCUCUAGAGGAGGAGAUCCAACAGUACCUAAGUUCAGGAAGUCUGUCCACAGUCCAGCUCUCUCCUGCUCAGUGGUCAGCUUUGACCUUCAUCUUGUUGUCAUCAGAGAAAGACCUGGAUGUGUUUGACCUGAAGAAAUACUCUGCUUCUGAGGAGGGUCUUCUGAGGCUGCUGCCAGUGGUCAAAGCGUCCAAUAAGUCUCUGCUGAGUGGCUGUAACCUGUCAGAGAAAAGCUGUGAAACUCUGGCUUCAGUUCUCAGCUCCCAGUCGUCCACUCUGAGAGAGCUGGACCUGAGUAACAACAACCUGCAGGACUCAGCAGUGAAGCUGCUCUCUGAUGGACUGAAGAAUCCACACUGUAGACUGGAAACGCUGAGGUUGAAUCUAAACAAUCUCUCAGAGAAAUGUUGCCAGGAGUUAUCAUCAGUUCUUAGCACCAAGUCGUCCAGUGUGAGAGGUCUGGACCUGAGUUACAACGACCUGCAGGACUCGGGAGUGAAGCUGCUCUCUGCUGGAUUGGAGAGUCCAGACUGUGCACUGGACACACUCAGGUUCAUCGGCUGUAAUUUGUCAGACAAAAGCUGUGAAACUCUGGCUACAGUUCUGAGCAACAAGUCAUCCGGUCUGAGAGAGCUGGACCUGACUAACAACGACCUGCAGGACUCGGGAGUGAAGCUGCUCUCUGCUGCUCUCAGGAGUCCACACUGUCCCCUCCAAACCCUCAGGUUAAAUCAAACCAACCUCACAGAGAAAUGCUGCCAGGAGAUCUCAUCAUUGCUCGGCUCCCAGUCGUCCAAUCUGAGAGAGCUGGACCUCAGUAACAAUGAUCUGCAGGACUCGGGAGUGAAGCUGAUGUUGGCAGGACUGGAGAGUCCACACUGUGCAUUGGAAACUCUCAGGCUGAGUGGCUGUACGUUAUCAGAGAGAAGCUGUGAAGCUCUGGCCUCAGUUCUCAGCUCACGCUCGUCUCGUCUGAGACAUCUGGACCUGAGUGACAACGACCUGCAGGACUCGGGAGGGAAGCUGCUCUCUGCUGCAUGGAAGAGUCCACACUGUGCUCUGGAAACUCUCAGGUUGAGGCAAACUAGGCUCACAGAGAAAAGCUGUCAUGACUUCUUACCGAGCACCAAGUCGUCUAGUCUGAGAGAGCUGGACCUGAGUAACAACGACCUGCAGGACUCGGGAGUGAAGCUGCUCUCUGCUGGACUGGAGAGUCCACACUGUGCACUAGAAACUCUCAGGUUGUCAGGCUGCUUGAUCACAGAUGACGGCUGUACUGCUCUGGCCUCAGCUUUGAGGUCCAACCCCUCCCGUCUAAGAGAGCUGGAUCUGAGCUACAACCAUCCAGGAGACUCGGGGGGGCAGCUGCUCGUUGCUGCACUUCAGGAUCCACGGUGGAGACUGGAUACUCUUCGUGUGGAUCAAGGCUGCGUUCAGUGGUUGAACUCUGGUCUGAUGAAGUAUGUCUGUGAACUCACAUUGAACCCAAACACGGCGCACAAAAACGUCCUCCUGUCCGAGAACAAGCGGAAAGUGAUGCUGGCGAUAGAGAAGCAGCCGUACCCGGAUCACCCCGACAGAUUCGACUGGUGCUACCAGCUGAUGUGCACCACCGGUCUGUCCAGUCGCUGCUACUGGGAGGUGGACUUUGAAGGAGGGAUUGAUAUUGGAGUGACGUACAGAGGACUCCGCAGGAGAGGAGCACGUGACGGCAGCAGAAUUGGAUGGAAUGAGAAGUCGUGGAGUCUUGAACUAACUGAUAAAUGUUACUAUGCGUGGCACAAUAACAUAAGAACAGCGCUCCUCACAUCCUCCUCCUCGGCCUCCAACAGAGUCGCAGUGUACCUGGACUGGCCUGCAGGCACUCUGUCCUACUACAGAGUUUUCCCUGACGCUCUGAUCCACCUGUACACCUUCUACUGUGCGUUCACUGGACCGCUCUACCCUGCUUUUGGGUUCCUGUCGUUGGAGUCGUCCGUGUCCCUGUGUUAAGGACGAGGGAUAUGAGUUUGUGACCCGGCACAAUUGCAUAUUAUUGCUUAUGUCAUUAGUAUAAUAUCUUUGCAGAGGAUUGUCAACUUAAUACUGAAGUAAGAAGCCACUUUUGAACAAACAGCAGCACUGAACUGCUUUUUACUUAUUGUUGAAUUAUGUUUGUAUUUAUGAGCUGACUGAUGGCUGUAAGCCUCCAGGGACAUUAAAGUGUUGUUCUACUGA